UCCGGCUGGCCGGGGCCCCCGUGACGCUUCCCGGCGGCGAGAGCGCACCAGGGCUGGCAAGGGAAUGGGAUCCGGCUGGAGGAGGAGGAGGAGAGAGAAGGAGGUGGGGACGGGCGGGAGAGAGAGAGGGAGGCGGCGCCCAGGCGACCGAGUCACGGCUUUAAAUCUUGGACGGGCGAAGCGAGGAAGCUCCCAGCGCUUGGAGGCUGCCGGGUCUCCUCUCUCUCCCCGUCGCCUCCGCCUCUCUCCCGCGCGCUCGCUUCUUCCCGCCGCCUCGGAGGAGCGCUUCUUCGGAGGGGCUGCCUCGCUGGCUCGCCCCCUGACGUGAGGCGAGGCGAGCGGGCAGGGGGCACGGCGCGCCCGCCUUCCAGGGAGCCGAGACCCACGCGCUGCCUUUCUCCUUCCUGGAGGGGACGGACCCACGGACUGACAAGUUGAGGCGACUUUGUCUGUCUUUCCUUCCCUCCCUUCCCUUCUCUCGCCCUCCGUCCGCCGCCGGGCUGCGCAGGGUGGCGCUGCCGGAGCUUCUGGGGCUGCGCCGAAGCCGCUCGCCGCUCUCCGGCGUGUGAGGAGGGAAGGACUCCGGAGGAGGAGGAGGAGGACGCGGGGCGCGCGCAGCUCCCGGCUCGCCCCGAAGGCUUCUGCUGCUGCUGCUGCUGCUGCUCCGGCAGCCCCGACCGGCCGCCGCGAUGGAGGAGAGACGCAAAGGAGACCCCCGGAGGAUGGAGGAUGAGGCGGUCUUGGACAGAGGGGCCUCUUUCCUGAAGCAUGUGUGCGACGACGAGGAGGUGGAAGGUCAUCAUACAGUCUACAUUGGGGUUCACGUGCCUAAGAGUUACCGAAGGCGGAGGCGCCACAGAAGAAAGCCCAAGGAGAAGAAAGAAAAGGAGAAAAUCUCUGAAAACUCGGACAAAUCUGAUGUCGAAAAUGCCGACGAGACAAGCAGCAGCAUCCUCAAGCCACUCAUCUCCCCCGCUGCCGAACGCAUCCGCUUCAUUUUGGGCGAAGACGAUGACAGCCCCGCGCCACCCCAGCUCUUCACGGAACUGGACGAGCUCCUGGCUGUUGAUGGGCAGGAGAUGGAAUGGAAGGAGACCGCAAGGUGGAUAAAGUUUGAGGAGAAAGUGGAACAGGGUGGAGAGAGGUGGAGCAAACCACACGUUGCCACGUUGUCCCUUCACAGCUUGUUUGAGUUGAGGACGUGUAUAGAGAAAGGGUCGAUCAUGUUGGAUCUGGAGGCCUCGUCGCUCCCUCAGGUAGUAGAGAUGGUUGUUGACAACCAGAUCGAGACAGGCCUGUUGAAGCCAGAAAUGAAGGACAAGGUCACUUACACCCUGCUCAGGAAGCAUCGCCACCAGACCAAAAAAUCCAACCUGCGCUCCUUGGCCGACAUCGGGAAGACUGUCUCCAGUGCAAGUAGGAUGUUUACCAACCCAGAUAAUGGCAGCCCAGCCAUGACGCACAGAAACCUGACUUCCUCUAGUUUGAACGACAUCUCUGACAAACCUGACAAAGAGCAGCUGAAGAACAAGUUCAUGAAGAAGUUACCUCGAGACGCCGAGGCCUCCAAUGUCCUGGUGGGAGAAGUCGACUUCCUGGAAGCCCCUUUCAUUGCCUUCGUUCGGCUGCAGCAAGCAGUUAUGCUCGGUGCUCUUACAGAAGUCCCUGUACCUACCCGGUUCCUCUUCAUUUUGCUGGGUCCCAAAGGCAAAGCUAAAUCGUACCAUGAGAUUGGCCGAGCCAUUGCUACCUUGAUGUCUGAUGAGGUGUUCCACGACAUUGCCUACAAAGCCAAAGACAGACAGGACCUGAUCGCUGGGAUCGAUGAGUUCCUGGAUGAAGUCAUUGUGCUCCCCCCGGGGGAGUGGGACCCUGCCAUCAGGAUAGAGCCCCCCAAGUCCCUCCCGUCUUCAGACAAAAGGAAAAACAUGUAUUCGGGUGUGUUCAUUUGGUCCAGAUACGUUUUUUGCUAUGUCUCUCUAAUAUUCGUCUUCAUCUCCUUUUCCCCAAAGCCAACAAGCCCCCACAGAGGCUGGAUCAUCCCGCCAUUUGGCGAGAAUCCCUGGUGGGUGUAUCUGGCAGCAGCCAUCCCUGCAUUGCUGGUGACCAUCCUUAUCUUCAUGGACCAGCAGAUCACAGCUGUUAUUGUCAACCGGAAAGAACACAAACUCAAGAAAGGUGCUGGCUAUCAUCUGGAUCUGUUCUUGGUCGCUGUGCUGAUGAUUAUAUGUUCCUUCAUGGGCCUUCCCUGGUACGUUGCUGCUACGGUCAUCUCCAUCGCGCACAUUGACAGCUUGAAGAUGGAGACGGAGACGUCUGCACCUGGGGAGCAACCCAAGUUCCUGGGAGUCAGGGAGCAGAGAGUGACUGGAGUGAUUGUGUUCAUUCUGACGGGCAUUUCAGUCUUCAUGGCUCCCAUUCUGAAGUUUAUUCCCAUGCCUGUGCUGUAUGGCGUGUUUCUAUAUAUGGGCGUUGCUUCCCUUAAUGGAGUUCAGUUCAUGGACCGCCUGAAGCUGCUCUUGAUGCCUCUGAAGCACCAGCCUGACUUCAUCUACCUGCGCCAUGUCCCCCUUCGCCGGGUCCACCUCUUCACUUUCCUCCAAGUGGUGUGUCUGGCUCUCCUUUGGAUCUUGAAGUCUACAGUGGCUGCUAUCAUAUUCCCAGUCAUGAUCCUGGCGCUGGUGGCAGUCAGAAAGGCGAUGGACUACCUCUUCUCCCAGCACGACCUCAGUUUCCUCGACGACGUCAUUCCAGAAAAGGACAAGAAGAAGAAAGAGGACGAGAAGAAAAAGAAGAAAAAGAAAGGCAGCCUGGACAGUGACAAUGAAGAUGAGAAAAAUCACCAACAUUCCUUGAACGCCAUACAUCAUGCUGAUAAAAUUCCUUUCCUGCACUCCCACACAAUGCCAAGCCCUCCACGAACUCCAAUGAAAGUUGUGCCUCAAAUUAGAAUAGAGCUUGAUCCUGAAGACAGUUAUUUCUGGAGGAGCAAGGGAACAGAAACUACGUUGUAAUGUGUUCGUUAAUCUUCAGCUGAAACCGGCUUUUUACCUUUUCUUCCUCCUCCUCCUCCUCCUCCUUUUACUACUAGCCAAAUAUCCAAAAUGCUCUCUGCCUAGGUGAAACCAAGGCAGAUUCUUCUCUCGAAAGCAUUUAAGUGUUUCCCCCCCUCCUUACCUCUGUUUAUUUUCCCCCACUCGCUCCUUUCUUUAAUUCUGACCAAGACAGUUUUCUUUCUUGGUUUUGCCUUUUCAGUCACACACAAUACGUCGUACGCCCUCCUCUUGAGCUUUUCAGCAGAGGGGUGGAAGUAUUAAGGAUAUAUUGUCACAGCUUUGUGAAACGUCAGCAGAACUGACUGGGGUUUUUUUUUAGUUGUGAAUCAGUGUUUUUCUUCUGUUUUGGCCUCUGCCCCAUGUCUUUUUCCUCUUUAUCAGAACAAAACUGACCUCUGGUCUAGUUCACCACCCUUUUCCAUUAGUCCUCUGCUCCGGUAAAAUGCUGCUAACCGUAACAUGUUCUUAACAUCACCCGUGCUUCAAUAGUCUCAAGCAAAGGAAUCAAAAAUGGUACAUGCCUUUCCCCCAUCACUGUUGUGAGUGUGUGGACCCUACCCUGUGCAACUUCUAUUCAGUCCCAAUUUAAUGGAUUCUUAACCUGGAUUCGGCUGCGUUGACAAGUGUUAUUUUCUUUUCUUUCUUUUCCCCCCUUCAUUGUUUUUGUUUUAAAUUAUGGGGGCCUAACCUGCAACUUAUAUUUUUUUUGUCAAUUUUUUAACUGUUUUUUUUAAAAAGAAUUACUGUAAAAAAAAUAUGAAUUUUUUUCCUGCAGCAGGAAACAUAAUAGUUUUCAGUAGCUCUACCUCUUAUUUCUAGAUGUCGGACUUUCUCUUUAAAAAAAAAAAAGGAAAAGAAGAUUAAUAAUAAUAAUAAUUGUAUAGUAUGUUAUAUAAUGUGAUUUUUACAAAAAGAAGAAAAAGCAAAAAAAAAAAAAAAAAA